AUGGAAUGGGUUGUUAAAGUCCGAGACGUUGAACCCGAAAAUCGUUGUCUUUUGUUACAUCCACUUUCCACCUCGUUGCCUUUAGAGCCGAAUUCAGAGUCGUUUCCAGAUGAAUUAAACGUCUUGGAAUUUCAGGUAUUGGAAUUAGCAAGAUGUUAUAGUCUGCGUAAAUCCAAUUCCAAUGAGGCAGAACACAAGGUGGUCGUAUCCUCGGAUCCUCAUUGGCAUGCGCCCAUGGUGAUGGCUGAGGCAAAACUAUACUACUGGGAUUUCAGUACCGCUAGUGUUGAGAUUCAAGAGUGCACCUUAGUACGGGAUAUACUCUUUGAACACCACGAAUUCGAAGAUGUUAUUUUUCAUAAGAGCAAGUUCUAUGUUGUUGCCAAGAAUGGUACUACUGUAUCCAUUGAUUCAUCCUUGAAGAUGACACAGGUCGCGUAUCCAACAACUUGUUCUUGCAGUAAGAAAUUGGUGGAGUCAUUGGGGGAUCUACUUUUAGUUGUGAAAUGUGCGAGGACUUUGAGGUGGAGAUGUCCUCAUAAUCCAACUCAUCAUGGAUGCAAGGUUUACAAGUUGAACGAACCUGAGAAGCAAUGGGUUGAAAUGAAAAGCUUGAAUAAAAAUCGAAGUUUGUUUGUGGGUGACUACACCAGCUUCUCUGCUUCUACUCUAGAUAUUCCCAGAUGCUUGGGGAAUCACAUUUUUUUCUCAUCAGAUCCAUACUUAGGGUUUCAUCGAUCCAAGAUCAAGUUGUUCGUGAGGCUUCUCAUGGAUGCGGAGGUGGUAGUGGUGGAGGUGAUAGUCAACGAACACGAUGAGGUAGGCCGGGGAUCUCAGGGAGCAUCUACAGGUGGCAGACUUCCUUCUCCCUCCACAUUAUCUCUUUAUGCAUAA